AUGGCUCCUGUAAAAUCUGAACCAGCUACGGAAAUGUCCGACUUCGAGAAGCAGCGCUUAGCCAACAUCGCGGAGCGCGAUGCGCUUCUUAAGAAGAUCAGUCUUGAAGCUCAAUCCGCAGGUCUGCUGUCCAAGACACCGGCGCCAAAGGCUGGACUGCCAGAUAAGAAAAAAGCGGCUCCAAAGAAAGCCAAACGCGAGAAAGAAGCAGCGCCUGUUCCCCGCCGAUCCUCUGCUCGUCUCGCAGGCCUAACCCCGGAUAGCGAGAUUGCAAAGCGCAAGAUUGAAGAAGCCUAUGAAGUAGAAAGGUUACAAAUGGAAGCGAAAAAAAGGCGAGUAACUGGGGACUUGCGGAUGGAUGAAAUCGAAGUUAAAGGGAAAUGGGAGGCCCUCACUCUGGACUCUCUUGCUACCAACAGGCCAGCGAGGCAUGAGAGAACCUUUGGCGAAGAGGACAUAAAGAAGACUACCGACAAAGAUCUGAAGGCUAUGAGGGAAAAGAUGAGCGGGCUAAAUCUCUGGGAUGCUUGGGAGCCUAAUAGGAUCAAAAUUACUUCUGAACGAAUAUAUACGAUGCUAUUUCACCCCACUGAAUCUAAACCAUUGAUAUUUGCUGGUGAUAAGAUCGGAAACUUGGGAAUUCUUGAUGCUUCACAGAAUGCUCCUGGGGAGGAGGAAGAUGAUGACCCCGUAGUCACAACAAUUAAACCUCAUAGUCGGCCAAUCGCUGCUAUGUACAUACACUCUUCCAGCCCAUCGAAACUUUAUACCGCCAGCUAUGAUAGCUCUAUCCGGCAACUGGAUUUGGAAAAAUCCUUGGCCACGGAGGCUUAUGUCUCCGAUGGUGCUGGCCUGUCUGGCGUUGAUAUGUCUCCUGGGGAUCCUCAUACUCUAUACUUCUCAACAUUGAACGGUGUUGUUGGCCGAUAUGAUACCCGGAAUAAUGCAACUAAACCUGAUGGUUCCGCUAAAGAUGACGAAAAUUACAAUGCAGACGAAUGGCAGCUAGCCGACAACAAAAUCGGUGGCUUUUCUAUCUGUCCAACCAAACCUCAAUACAUUGCGACAGCCUCUUUAGACCGAACUAUGAAAGUUUGGGAUCUUAGAUAUCUAUCUAAGAAAACUCCCACAGCUGUGGCAGAGCACACGAGUCCGCUAUCCGUUUCUCAUGCGGCGUUCAACAGCGCCGGCCAGAUAGCAACCUCAUCUUAUGACAACACUCUCAAGCUCUACAAUUUUGGAGCCUUUGACCUGAAGUCUCGAAAAUCCACUGAAACUCUAACAAUUGAACCUGACGCAAUGAUUGAUCAUAAUUGCCAGACGGGGCGAUGGGUUACAAUCCUCCGACCACAAUGGCAAGCGGCUCCUCAGUCAGCGAUUCAGCGAUUCUGUAUAGCCAAUAUGAACCGUUUUGUUGACAUUUACACCGCCAAGGGUGAACAAUUAGCCCAGCUAGGAGGCGAGGGCAUCACGGCUGUCCCGGCCGUUACCGUUUUCCAUCCCACAAAGGAUUGGGUGGUAGGUGGUACGGGACGUGGGAAGGUGUGUCUAUGGAUGUGA